AUGAGGUUAUCAAGGAUAAUAUUGACUUGCAUACCAUUUAUUUCAGGAUUGACUAAGGCUAUCGCACUGAACUCUGAUGUCUACCAGGUUGAUACUAAAGAGGAAAGAUCAUUAGAGGACAUAUAUGAGGAUUUGGUGCUGAUUGUUGAUUCGCAUGUCGACAAGAGAAGUGACAGUUCCAGAGUAGAGCAGUUGGAAAAAAUUCUCUUGCAGGUUAACGAAUCAGGAAUAAUAAUGGAUGUUUUGAACGAGAUUGCUGGAUCCAAGGCCCAACAGAAUACAUUGGUCAAUAUGACCACAGAUAUGAUCAAUAACGGAGGUGGGUCAUUUGAUGGAAUUCAAAUUGACUUGAACACUACUAAUAUACUUAAUGCUGUUAAGAAGUCGGGUAUAAUAAAUUCAACACUUGAUGGUUUGCUUUUGAAUGAUGAAAAUAGAGAAAUUCUUGGUGAUCGUACGGGGCAUGUUCUAAGCAAAUAUGCCUACGUAUCCAAAAUAUUGGCAGACAUAGGAAAUGGCCAGAAACCAACUGUUGAAUAUAUUGCAAAUACAGUAAAACACUUCAAGACAAAGAAUCCUAAAUAUCAAUAUAUGAACGAGGGUAAACAAGUUGUAUUAAGUGCCAGGGAUGAUGAAUAUUCUGGAUCAGCUCAAGCAUUCCUCAACAACCUUAUCAAUACAGUUGUCAGUUCUGAUUUGGUUUCAGGCUCUGCAGAGGAUUUUUUAAUUGCAUUAAAUAGGACAGGAAUUGCUGUAUCUAUUGCAAUGGAGGUCGUAAAAACCCCCAAAAUCACUGAAAUGGGUACAUAUAUCAUUGGCCAACUAUAUGCUAAUGGUGUUUUUGAUAAUCUUGAUACCAAUAAAUAUUUUCAAGAUGCAAAAAAGAAAAAUAUUUUAUCUGAUGGAGCACAAACUGUUUUGACAGACCCAACAUACUCACCUGCAUUAGCAAAGUUAUUUCAGCAAAUGGAAAACAACGGUGUCUUCGCAGACAUUCAAAAGAAUCUUUACGGCCAUACAUGA